AUGUCUAUUGCUGCAGCAUCCAAACACACAAUGAUUGGAAAGAUUGAUGACUUCGAUGGGACCCCAGAUAAGGCCCAAAGAUGGAUAUCAUCCAUCAAUUUACACUUUGAUAUCAACGACACCAUUUACACCUCAGACAAGAAAAAGGUGUAUGUGGCUCUUAGCUACAUGGAGGAUGGAACCGCCACCUCAUGGAGCAAAGCCAAGAUGACCAAAUACAAAGAGAAAAAUGCCUACCUCACGUGGGCAGACUUCAUGAAAACCUUCACAGCUAGUUUCAGAACGGCAAACAUCAAAGGAACGGCCUCAGCCGCCUUGAUGAAAAUGAAAAUGGAACCAGGAGAAAAUGCAGUGGCAUUUAACUCAAGGUUUAUGCUAGACGCCGGAAAGAGCGGCAUCAACAAUGAAGCAAUGAUCAUGGAGCUGGUUACCAUUGAAGAUUGGAUGAACACAGUGGCAAACUUAGAUGCCAACUGGAUCAGUGCCAACGCCAUCUCCGAAGGGAAUUGGGGUACCAGAAACAAGGAAAGACAGAACGACAAAAAUUGCAAAGGUGGACCAUCCACCAGCGCAAAAAGACUGACCAAAGAUGAAGAAGAAACCCAAAGGAAAUAA